AUGUCACCAGCACAAACCACUCAACACUAUGUAUCUCACAAGCCACCAGCACUACCAGUAUCUCCUGCAAGCCACCAGCACACCAGUAUCUCCUACAGCCACCAGCACUACCAGCACUACCAGUAUCUCCUACAAGCCACAACCAACUACAGUAUCUCCCAAGUAUAUCUCCUACAGCCACCAGCACUAGUAUCUCCACGCCACACCAGUAUCUCCUACAAGCCACCAGCACUACCAGUAUCUCCUACAAGCCACCACUACUCAGUAUCUCCUGGCCACCAGCACUGCAGUAUCUCCUACAAGCCACCAGCACUGCAGUAUCUCCUACAAGCCACCAGCACUACCAGUAUCUACAAGCCACCAGCACUACCAGCACCACAGUAUCUCCUACAAGCCACCAGCACUACCAGUAUCUCCUACAAGCCACCAGCACCUUUUCCAUGUUUCAGUAUCUCCUACAAGCCACCAGCACUACCAGUAUCUCCUACAAGCCACCAGCACUACCAGUAUCUCCUACAAGCCACCAGCACUACCAGUAUCUCCCCAAAGCCACCAGCUACCAGUAUCUCCCAUAAGCCACCAGCGCCACCAGUAUCUCAGUACAAAGCCAGCACUACACAGUAUCUCUACAAGCCACCAGCACUACCAGUAUCUCCUACAAGCCACCAGCACUACUAUCUCCUACAAACCACCAGCACAGUAUCUCUAAGCCACCAGCUUUCACCAGUAUCUCCAUACCAGUAUACCAGUAUCUCCUACAAGCCACCAGCACUACCAGUAUCUCCUACAAACCACCAGCACUACCAGUAUCUCUAUAAGCCACCAGCACUACCAGUAUCUCCCUACCAGCCUACCAGUAUCUCCUACAAGCACCUACCAAUUAUUACUACAAGCCUACCAGCUCCUACAAGCCACCAGCACUACCAGUAUCUCCUACAAACCAGCAUUGCAAUAUCUCUACAAGCCACCAGCACUACCAGUAUCUCCUACAAGCCACCAACACUACCAGUAUCUCCUACAAGCCACCAGCACUACCAGUAUCUCCUACAAGCCACCAGCACUACCAGUAUCUCCACAAAGCCACCAGCACUACCAGUAUCUCCCGCAACUACAGCCACCAGCACUGUAUCUCUACAAGCCACCAGCACUACCGAGUAUCUCCUACAAGCCACCAGCACUUAUCUCCUACAAACCAGUAUCUCUACAAGCCACCAGCACUACCAGUAUCUCAGCCACCAGUAUAUCCUGCAAGCCACCAGCACUACCAGUAUCUCCUACAAGCCACCAGCACUAUAUCCAGCACUACACUACCAGUAUCUCUACAAGCCACCAGCACUACCAGUAUCUCCUACAAGCCACCCAGCUACUACCCAGUAUCUCCUACAAGCCACCAGCACUACCAGUACAGCUACCCAGUAUCUCCUACAAGCCACCAGCACUACCAGUAUCUCCUACAAGCCACCAGCACUACCAGUAUCUCCACAAGCCACCACACUACCAGCAUUUCUGCCAGUAGCUCCUACAACCAAGCCACCAGCACUACCAGUAUCUCCUAAGCCACCAGCACUACCAGUAUCUCCUGCAGCCACCAGCACUACAGUAUCUCCUGCAAGCCACCAGCACUACAGUAUCUCCUACAAGCCAGCACUACCAGUAUCUCCUACAAAUACCAGCACUACCAGCAUCUCCUACAUGCCACCACACCAACAAGUGAUCAUUGGGUCAAGAUGA